AGCGCGAUUAUUCCGUUAGUAUAGUUGUUCAUAGUUCCAAUACAUUAAUUUAUAUCUGCGACAUAAUGCAUUAAUUGUUAGCAAGUAGAACGCAUUUCAAUAAAUUGUAUAUUAAAAAUACGUAGUAAAAGUAAUAUCUUUUUGUAUGAUAUUAACAUUACAACAAAAAAACAUAUUUAUAAAGGUUAGACACCUACAUAUAUCGAGGAAGAACGUCGAGUUAAAAGUCCUAUGCGACUACAAUAAAAUAUCAAUCAAGUUUAUUUGUAGGUAGUAAAACUGAAAGAAAAAUGGAGAGUAGUAAAGUGGACGAGGAAAAUCAACGUAAUAUUAAUGACGGUGACUGGAUUUGUCCUGAUUCUCAAUGUGCCAAUGUAAAUUUUGCAAGACGAAAUUCUUGUAAUCGAUGCGGAAAAGGUAUAUAAUGUUCAAUAUGCUGUACUUUACUAAUGUUACAAUACAUAAAAUUACAUGUAUGUAUUUGUUCAUGCAGACAGAGGAGAAUGCCCAAAGAAAAAAAAGUUAGGACAAGAAAUUGGGAAGGCAGCUGCUGAAAAAAGUAGAGGGCUGUUCAGUGCUGACGAUUGGCAGUGCAGUAAAUGUGGAAACGUAAAUUGGGCGCGGCGGCAACAGUGUAAUAUGUGUAAUGCACCAAAAUUUGGAGAAAUUGAAGAACGUACAGGAUACGGAGGGGGGUACAAUGAUCGGGGAGUUGUUGAAUAUAAAGAAAGAAGAGACGACGACGACGAGUACGACGAAUUCGGACGGCGUAGGAAAAAACGGAGGAUUGAAAAUCGUUCGGACGAUGAUUCCAAAGAUUCUAGGUAUAGCAGUCCACCGCGUAACAAAUCUAAAGACGAGGAUGAAAGGGAUGAGGUACAGAACGAAGAAGAGCAUAAUGAGAAAAAUAAUGCAAAAGAAGAAGUAGAAGAGGUGGAGGAGGAAGAGGUGGAGGAGGAGGAGGAUGAGGAGGAAGAUGACGAAGAGGAUGGUGAUUUAUCUAAAUACGAUCUUAGCGAAUGGGAUGAUAUUGCAGUUAAGAAAAAUACAAAUGGGAGCACUGCAUCUUCGGAAGAGCAACAAUCAAGAGACAGAGAUGAUUGGCGUGAUUCGGGAACAUCCAGUCAAUGAGAGUCUGCACAGAAGGAAAGGUUUGACUUGGGUUUCGGGUAUAAAAGUUGAUCAUGACAGUGAACGAUGAUUUUAAUUAUUUCAAUCACUGAUAUCUUUUUUUUCUAUCUCUUUAAAAAUUGUAUUAUAUUAUAUGAUAGUUUUAGUAGAAUAACAUGGUCAAAAAGGAAGAUGUAGAUUAAGCAAUUCUAAAGAAAUUACAAUGUAAUGCUUGUUAAACAAAUGACUUUUUACAGGUGAGAGAAAAUCCCGAGAGCGACUGUUGCUCGACAAUUAAGAGAUACACAACGCAACAAAUUUAGUGAUUUAGUGAGCACCUUUGGAUAAAAGUGAUGAACAAUGUACGACUUAUUGCAAAGGGAAUCGAUUAACAAUAAGCUUUACAAUCUCUGACUGAACACGGAUAGCUUUGUUGGCUGUAUGGAUGGAAAGUGAAACGUAGGUUACUUGUUUACGCGAUAUUGUCUUAAAUAUUGCGUAGUAAUUGCGAAAAAUACUUGAGCGUAGAUAAAAUAUUUCGCUAGUAAAGAAAAAGAAACCCAAAUGAAAUGUGUAACUAUGACGUAAUUCGUUGAAUAAUCUGUUACACGGAUCGUUGUAAAAGUUGAAUCAUGAAUUCGUAAAAAAAGAAAUCUUAUUUCUAACUGAAAAUAUAAAAUUUUGAGAAAGCUCUCUAUCAUGUUACACUUUUAGAAGUAUUAAUUACGUUAUCACAAACGUCCGACGUUCUUGAAACCACGUCACGAUUCUCACUUAAAUAUUGCUGCUUCGAAAAAGAUUAAUCUUUUUUUUUCCGUUUCCUCGCCACGUUCUCUAUUCACUUCCUUUUCAUCCGUACCCAUCUUAACAUUUACAUAAACGUAAUGUAGUAUUAAAGAAUCAUUCCCUAAUGAAUAUAGAUAUGUAUUGAUGUCUUCGGAACGAAGAGAAAAAGGAUACAUUUUGUUGCUUUGACUAUCACAGAUCCGAGUAAGCUGGAAGCAGCUUGCUUUAAUUGAAAUCAUGACAUGCAGUUUAAAACUAUGUCGAUAAAAGGGCCGCCGUUCGAUCGGCGGGCUUAAUAAAAAAAUAAGUAAAAUAUCAAAAAAAGAAAAGAAAAACGCUCAGACACUCGUUCUGAGAUAACUACAAAAAUCAUUGUCGAUCAAUUCUAGAUACUGACUUCUUGUAAAUAUCUUUAUUUUUCAUUUAUAAUAAAAAUCAUUCAUCAACAA